GCGCGUUUACGUGACCGAACUGUCAGUCAGUCUUCAAACGGAGAGUAACGAAUAACGUGGAUCGUCCAAUCAUACCAGACCUUGUCAAUGUAAUUGCAGGAGAGACACCAGCAGAAGCUCCUUCCCAUGGAUUGAUGCCACCCCGCCGUAGCAGGCGAGCAGCCAUGCAGCCGUCCUCCUUCACCUCGGCUGUCCGUUCUUCUACUUCUCUGGAUGGCACAGUAACCAACUCGCAGGAGCAUGCACCUCUCGCAGCGGCCCAGGAUACACGACCUAGAAAUGCGUCAUUGCCGUCGAGUAUACGGCACUUUUCCAGAUUGUCCGAACAUUUAUCAUCCGUCUCCCCGUGGCCCACAUUCGGGAGGAGCAACGAUCAGACCCGUCCAGCUCCGAAGCAGUCUGCGCCACCCUCUGCUUGGUAUUCGUACCGAAACAGCUUCGAUUCGUUAAUCCUACGACGUUCUUCUAGCAGCAAGAGGAAGCAUAUUGUUUCAAAGCCGGGCUCUGUUACUUCUUUGCAUCGUUCUGCUGAUCCGUCCCGGACGUCUGAAGUCCUCCCUGCCAGAUCCACGACUUCCACACCCAAUGGAAGCUCGUACUCCAAUCACGAUAUUUAUGAUGAUGAUGGACAUAACGAUCCUAGUUCUCCUCAGCAAUCAACAUCUUCUCCUCAUGAAUCUGUACCUUCUACGACCUCACAGCUGUACUUGACUCGCUCUUCAUUUUCUGUUCAGUCGCAAUAUUUACCUCCCUCUACCAUUCCGAUUCACGAUCGUAACCACAGUGCCCAUGGCACAUUUGGCAACCCCUCUCCUACCUCGACUCGUCCGCAAAGCUUUCGUCGACCAUCCGAAGCCGUUACCCAUCCUCCUCUUCCGCCAUUGGAACAUCCAGAACUCGUAUUGUCAUUGUUUACUCGUUCACGAAGCCAAACGACAACCGACGAACAUAGCAACAGGGCAAAUCAUAGACUGCCCAGCAAGAUACAUGGGCUGGGCGCAAGCACAUAUCCUCCACGACGACGUCACAGAACCGAUACCAUUGAUCGACUGAAUCAAGCCGAUUCCGCGUCUUCCUUCCCCAUUCGUCCCCAGUUGCGCAGGUAUGCGAGUGUUCCGAAUGAUAUACUCCGGCGACGAAGCUCCCUAUCAGGUGUCCGAGGUUCCCGUCGACCAGAAGCUCAUUUCACAGGGAAUUCCAGUGGAGAAGCAUACAUGCAGAAGACUAUUCCCCUUCUUCCGAGUGGAUUUAGUUGGCCCAUUCAAGGUGACUACCCAGUCAGGAUCACAAUGUCUCAGUUAUUCAUCUUGUCUGAAACCCUCUUCUUGUGAGCCACCGUCGCCCAAGUCUUUGAAGUUCGCGAGAGUGACUGAGGACGACGGGGGUCCCGAUCCGCCUCACGUCAUGGGUAUCUCUACGGAAAGCAAGCUGGGAACCUUUGUGCGACAA